GUAGCCUUCGGCGCUAUCAAGCGGUUCAAUCAAUCUAAUAACGCUGAUCAGAAUAUGAAUUUGGUCAAUCAAAUAAAUAUACUUAAGUUACUCAUGCAUGGUGAAUAACUUGUUCAUUUACAAACUUAUACAUUGGUAGGAACAGUCGAAAGGCAAAGAAGUCAUGCGUUUCGUUAUAGUUUUAACUUUGUAUUUAGUGGAAGUAAUCUGCCCGACAACUAGAUCGGCAACUGUUCCCCCCAUUACCACGCCCAGGAUAACCACAGUUCCAGGAGGGUGUUUCUACGAGGGAAAAAUAUAUCAUGACGGGCAGGACAUACGCGGCUCUGUAUGCGGGGGCUUGCGUUGUGACAAAGGGAAUAUUUUAAACUGGGACGAUGCGUGUGUUUUUUUCACUCCACCUUGUCUGGGGCAACAGAUGAGGAUUCCCGGUCAAUGCUGCCCUGUCUGUCUUACUUCAACAGCGCCGCCGACAACAACCCGGCCGACAACGACACCCAUGGUCCCACCUGGAGGGUGCGUCAUCGGCAAUAAAUCUUAUGCAAACGGUGAAUACAUCUCCCGCGCAGAAGACAAUUGUUUCGGCACCAUCUGCCACGAAGGGCACCAGCUAGCCUGGGACCACGCGUGUUUUUUCUCCACACCCCCUUGCUCCGGCGUUCAGGAGAAACUGCGUGACAAGUGUUGUCCCGUUUGCCAUAACGUAACAACGACACCACCAUCACUAACAAGUACAAAACAAAUAAUCAGUACAACCUUCACAACAACCACCACAACCAGCAGUUCUUCCACGACCACUAGAAAGACGAAAACCAGGACGAGUCUAUGGAAAAUCUUUUUGAAGCUUUUUAAUAGGAAACUGUGAAUGAUACCCCUUUGGAAAUACAAUUCCUUGGAGUUUAAAUAUUUAAAGAAUGCUUGAACUUAGAUACUGGAAAUAAAUUGACUUCAAAAAUAAAAAAAACACCAUCGAAAUAAUGUCUUAAAUGUGGCUUUCGUGUUUCUGCCUUCCAUUUGUUAUACACCGAGAAUAAAAUAUUUAUAUGAAG